AUGUCGAACAAGCAGGUGCUUCCUGAAGGUCACUUCCUCUUCACGUCUGAGUCGGUCGGUGAGGGUCAUCCCGACAAGAUCUGUGACCAGAUCUCGGAUGCUAUUCUGGAUGCAUGCUUGCAGCAGGACCCGCGCUCCAAGGUGGCCUGUGAGACGGCUGCCAAGACGGGUUUGAUCCUGGUGUUUGGUGAGAUUACGUCCAAGGCUCAGCUCGACUACCAGAAGAUCAUUCGUGACACUAUCAAGGAGAUUGGCUACGAUGCGUCUGAGAAGGGCUUUGACUACAAGACGUGCAACGUCAUGGUCGCGAUUGAGCAGCAGUCGCCUGACAUUGCUCAGGGCCUGGACCACGGUAGCCUGGAUGACAUUGGUGCUGGUGACCAGGGUAUCAUGUUUGGUUACGCUUCCGACGAGUCGCCUGAGCUCAUGCCCCUCACGGUGGUGUACUCGCACAAGCUGAACCACGCCAUGGCCUCUGCCCGUCGCAAUGGCCACUUGCCCUGGCUCCUGCCCGACACGAAGACGCAGGUGACGAUCGAGUACAAGAAGGACGGCGGUGCCGUUGUGCCUGUGCGUGUGGACACGAUCGUGGUGUCGACGCAGCACACGGACGACAUUUCGACGGAGGACAUCCGCAAGCUGAUCAAGUCGGAGAUCAUCGACAAGGUGAUUCCUGCCCAUAUGCUCGACGAGCGUACGGUGUACCACAUCCAGCCUUCGGGCCGCUUUGUGAUUGGUGGUCCUCAGGGAGACGCUGGUCUUACGGGUCGUAAGAUCAUUGUCGACACGUACGGUGGCUGGGGUGCCCACGGCGGUGGUGCCUUCUCGGGUAAGGACUUCUCGAAGGUCGACCGCUCGGCUGCGUACACGGCGCGCUGGAUUGCCAAGUCGCUCGUGCACGCUGGCCUUGCUCGCCGUGCGCUUGUGCAGCUUUCGUACGCCAUCGGUGUGGCCGAGCCUCUCUCGGUGUACGUGGAUACGUACGGCACGAGCAGCAAGAGCGAUGCGGAGCUUGUGCAGAUCAUCAAGAACAACUUUAACCUCAAGCCAGGUGUCAUUGUGCGCGACCUGGAGCUGCAGAAGCCCAUUUACCGCCAGACGGCGUUCGGUGGCCACUUUGGUCGCUCCGAGUUCUCCUGGGAGCAGCCGAAGGAGCUCAAGUUUUAA